CUUUAAAACCUCAAGAAGACAUCUGGUGAAAGUUUCAUCAUACUCUUUCAAUUGAUUAUCUUGGUAAACUGGUUCGAAUCUUUAAAUAUUGUUUCGUUAUCAACGGUUUACAUAGUAGAGAUAAAAUCCUAACCUAUAAAAAUUUACUUUGAAAAUGGCUGCCAACAAUUUGAAAAAAGUAACGCAUUGUAUUUUUGAUAUGGACGGGUUAUUGUUAGAUACAGAGGUUUUGUACUCCAAAGUUUUCAAUCAAAUUUCUCAAAAAUAUGGUAAAGAAUAUACUUGGGAACAUAAAAUAAAGAUUAUGGGAUUUAAGUCUAACGAAUCUGCAAAUGCCAUUGUCGAUAUGUUAGAAUUACCAAUUAGUGGAUCAGAAUUUGAAAAUCAGCUUGCAGCUAUAUAUGCUGACGUUUUUUCAAAGUGUAAUUUAAUGCCAGGUGCAGAGCGUCUUUUAAAGCAUCUGAAAAAUAAUAAUAUUCCAAUCGCACUUGCAACAAGUUCUGCUAAAACAACUAGUGACAUAAAAACGCAAAGAUGGGAGCACAUUUUUGAUAUGUUUCAUCAUAAAGUUUAUGGUGGUACAGAUCCAGAGGUGAAAAAAGGAAAACCACAUCCUGAUAUAUUUUUAAUAGCUGCUCAACGGUUUCCUGAUAAGCCUGAACCUUCAAAGUGCCUAGUAUUUGAAGAUUCUCCAAAUGGAGUAGAAGCUGGUAUUGCUGCAGGAAUGCAAGUUGUAAUGGUGCCGGAUCCUUUGUUGGAUAAAAAAUAUCUUGAAAAUGCAACAAUCGUAUUGAAAAGCCUUGAUGAUUUUCGUCCAGAACUAUUUGGUUUACCACCGUAUUAAUUAAACAAAAACAAUUUCAGUAGCCAUAAAUUUUUCUAAACAUAAUUCUAAAUCGAUUUAAA